AUGGCGGCGGCGCUGCUCUUGUCAGCCUCGCGGGGCUUGUUGGGCCGCAGUUUCCUCGCUCCCGGAGUAAGCCGGCCAUUCAGUACGGGUGAGUCAGCCCGUCUGCGCGGAGGAGAAGUGGGGGCCCAGUCGCCUGGCGAUGACGUCACCGGAGUCAUGUCGCCGUAGUUCCCAUUACAGUAUUUGAAUGCUUAGAAAGCCGAUCUCGUGUAUCGUGUCAUCCGGGUUACUCAAACUUGGGUCUCCAGCUGCUGUUGGACUACAGUCUCCAGGGAAGGAAGUCGAUGGGCUCUAAGGAGCCAGGGAGGUAAAGUUGAUAAUAAUGAUGUGAUUGUAUAUUAUUAAAUGGAAAACUAUCUAUCUAUACAGUAGUACCUCAGGUUAAGACCUUAAUUCGUUCCGGAGGUCCGUACUUAACCUGAAACUGUGCUUAACCUGAAGCACCACUUUAGCUAAUGGGGCCUCCCGCUGCCGCUGCGCCGCCGGAGCAAGAUUUCUGUUCUCAUCCUGAAGCAAAGUUCUUAACCUGAGGUACUAUUUCUGGGUUAGCGGAGUCUGUAACCCGAAGCGUAUGUAACCUGUACCACUGUACAGUCAUACCUCGGGCUGAAUGUGCUUCGGGAUGAGCGCGUUCAAGUUGCACUCUGCGGCAACCCGGAAGUAACGGAGCGCAUUGCUUCCGGGUUUCGCCGCUUGCGCAGACGCUCAAAAUGACGUCAUGCGCAGAAGCGCCGAAACGUGACCCACGCAUGCUUAGACGCGCAGACAUGGGUUACGUUUGCUUCUAGAUACAAACAGGGCUCCGGAACGGAUCCCGUUCGCUUCUAGAGGUACCACUGUAUCUAUACAGUGGUACCUUGGGUUACAUACGCUUCAGGUUACAUACACUUCAGGUUACAGACUCCGCUAACCCAGAAAUGUACCUUGGGUUAAGAACUUUGCUUCAGGAUGACAACAGAAAUCGUGCUCCGGCGGCGCGGCAGCAGCAGCAGGAGGCCCCAUUAGCUAAAGUGGUGCUUCAGGUUAAGAACAGUUUCAGGUUAAGUACGGACCUCCAGAACGAAUUAAGUACUUAACCUGAGGUACCACUGUAUCUAUAUAUAUAAAAAUGGAAAACACACACACAUAUAAAUUAGUUUUCCAUUUAAUAAUAUACAAUCACAUCCUUAUUAUCAACUUUAUCUCUCCUUAGAGCCCCUCGACUUCCUUCCCUCCUGCCUCAUGGCUUUCAAAAUUAACCUUUAUAUCACUGCAUUUUAUACGUUUUCCAGUUCUAAUUAUGCUCAUUACAAAACACCUCAAAAGUUAAAUAAAUAUAAAAAGGGAGAGAAUUUCUCAUUACAAGUCUUCAGACAACCCUGCUAGUGAUGUUACUUGAUUACAAUAAUCUUUCAAAUAUAUAAAUUUACUCCAGUCCUUUUGGAAUACUUGAUGAUGCUGGUUUGGGAUUUUUCAUGUCAGCAUCUGGGGACCCAACUUUUGAGUCACGCUAGCUUCUGUGAGCUUGUUCACUCAGAUCAGAAGCAAAUCCUGUUGAUUUUAAUGCUGCUUGCUUCCUGGUGACUUAAUCCCUAGAAACAAUUCCUAGGUAGCGUUCAUCUCUGCCUGGCGCAUGUAGAUUUGACUUCAGUGGGGAACACUCCUUCAGAGGAGUGGAGUCAACCCUUCUCGUGAGGGGUGCUUGUGGGGUGUCCCUGUUUAAUACCAGUGGGGUCAUAACUAUGUUCUGCUUUGUUUCUGGGCCCAGUUUAAGGUGCCAAUUUCCCCUCCUAUAAAGUGCCACAUGGGUCCUCAGACUUCAGUACCUGAAGGAACACUUUUUUCCGUAAGUCCCAUGAGCUUAUCAGCAGAAGCCCUUCUCCGAGAACUCUGGCUGCAAUAUUGUACACCUUCUGAAAUUUCUGCUCCUCGGCUGUAACCGUUAUGCUGUAACUGUUAUGCUGGCCUCGGUCCAGUAUACCUGAAGGAGCAUCUCCAUCCCCAUCAUUCACUGAGGUCCAGCUCCAAGGGCCUUCUGGCGGUUCCCUCACUGUGAGAAGUGAGGUUACAGGGAACCAGGCAGAGGGACUUACUGAUAGUGGCGCCUGCCCCAUGGAACGCAAUCCCAUCAGAUGUCAAAGAAAUAAGCAACUGUCCUACUUUUAAAAGACAUCUGAAGGCAGCCCUGUUUAGGGAAGUUUUUAAUGUUUAAUGCUGUAUUGUGUUUUUAAUAUUCGAUUGGGAGCCGCCCAGAGUGGUUGGGGAAACCCAGCCAGAUGGCUGGGGUAUAAAUAAUAAAUUAUUAUUAUUUUAUUAGCAUGGGUAGGCCUUGAUCCCAAGUUGCCCACAUCUAAAUCUGAGUAAGUAGUAUUUUUGGACAUAUGCAAUGUGAGAAUUUCCAAGGUGAGUACCUAAAGAACAGAUCCCAAGGGUGGAGUUUUUACAAUGACAGACCUACCAUUUCUGGUCACUUUUUCUCUUCCAGGAAUCCCUAACCAAAUGCGUGUGAAGGAGCCCCCCCGCCCCAAACCAGUCGAUCGAUGGACAGAGAAACGAGCACUAUUUGGGGUCUAUGACAAUAUUGGCAUUCUGGGUAAAUAUUGGGGAUGCAGAGUUACUGAACAGAUAAAUCGGGUAGCGUGCAACUUUAUGCCAGCAAACACAGGCUUUCUUUUCCUCUCCUGCCCCCCCUGCAGCCCUCCACAGUUCCCCAAUCUGCUCUGGGGGUCCCUCAACCCAUUGCUUUUUGAGGGAGGGGGAAGGGAGCUGACAUGAAAGCCUCACUCUCGGGGAGAUAUGCUGGCAUUUGGUGACAAGCAGUAAGGGAAAGACAUGUAUAUCUGUUAAUAGGUAUUUGUUAGGAGUGCUCCCCAACUGAAGGAAUGCACAUGGCGGAUAGUUAACUCUUUAUUGUCAAGGAUAAUACUUAACACUCCCUCUCUACCACUUUAUGUACCUACCCCGUCACAGCCCAAGACUGCCUGCAUGGCAACUUCCUCUGCUCCUCCCUUUUCAGUCCUCUCCUGGUGGUGGGAGACAGUGGUGCAGGAGAGGGUGGAGAAGCACAUGGGCCCUACACUUACCUGACCUGCCUCUUCCUCCUGUUCUUUCAACCCAUCCUGUGCUCCAUCCUGCAGCUCCGAAGCUUCCCCUGCCUCCGACUCUUGCCCCCUAGCCGAUAUAGUUCCCCAAAAAUCACUGACCCCUCUGCCCUGUGUCAGACUCCAGCUCCUGCCAGUCGCUGACAGCAUUUUUAUUAUUACUUUCGUGCUCAGGAGGUUGGCAGGGCAGCAUGGGUGCCUUGGGAGGUGUGUGCAAAAGAGGAAGGGGGACAGUGUCUGGCCUACAGCCCCAAGGCUGACCUCCCUCUUUUUUAUGUCUGUUGUCUCUCUUUCUCUCUUUUUAGGGGACUUUAAGGCCCACCCCAGGGACCUGAUCAUCGGCCCCAAAUGGUUACGCGGCUGGCGGGGGAAUGAACUUCAGAGAUGCAUCCGCAAAAAGAAAAUGGUGGGUGACCGAAUGUUCGUGGAUGAGUACCACAACCUGAACAAGAGGAUUAGAUAUUUGUACAGGCGUUAUAACCGCACUGGGAAGCAUCGCUGAGAGCAGCUCCGCGUUCGCGAGCAUCUGUCCCGAAGAACACGGUGCAAAAUAUUUGCUCAUGUUCUUAGGGCUCCAAAGAGAACUAUGGAUGUGGAAAGUUGUUCUAAUGAUCUUAUGCUUAUUAUGUUUCCAUUGUAUGCCACCUCAUCUACCAAUAUAUUCCUGUACAAUGUACUAAUGUCCCAUUGUGAGUGUACUGCUGUGACUUUUUUUCAGUCCAAGGGCUACAUGUUCUAGUAGAGAUAUUGGGAAGGGGCAUACAAGCUAGUGAUGGGUGGUGCCACUUUGUAAUGUAGGCUACAUUCCAACCAUGCAAAAACCAGAGGUUGCUACACACAUUUCCUCCCAUCCAUCAUCCAUGCCAAAGUAGUUGAGGAGGGUAUGGAGAAGGACCUUAUUAGAAACUCAGAUAUAUAAGCUGAUUGUCAAAUGGCACAUUAAACCUAGGUUAUGGUCAUCACAAUGGAAUGCUUAGGUGCCAUUUCCCCCCCGUGAAUUAUUAUUAUUAUUAUUAUUAUUAUUUUAUUCCAUUAAGGAGAAAAUCAUCUCAAAGCAGUUUACAACACAUUAGAACAUAAAAUAGAACAAUCCAGAAUAAAACGAAUUCAAGCUUCAAGGAAAACAGUUCAGAUCCUUCUCUAAGUGAUGCCUUGCUUUCCUCCUAUUUAUUUACCUACUUAAUUUAUAUAGCUGCCCCAUAGCAGAAGUACUCUAGGAAGCCAAUGUGGUGUAUAGUAUUACCUUGGAUCCCAAAUGCCUUGGAUGUUUUAGCUCCCGAAUGCCGCAAACCCAGAAGUGAGUGUUCUGGUUUGCGAACGUUCUUUGGAACCCGAACGUCCAACGGGGCUUUCACAGCUUCCGAUUGGCUGCAGGAAGGUUUCCGAACAUUUGGGAAGUUGAGCGGACUUCUGGAACGGAUUCCAUUUGACUUCCAAGGUAUGGUAUGACUGUAGUGGUUAGUGUGUGAAACUAGCACCUCAAGCCUGGGCAGCGUAUAUGGAGGUCCUGGGACUUGCUGAUGUUGUCCAAAGGAAAGCAGAGGAAUACCUUUGGCUGCAGGACUUGCUGGAAGUAGGUGUACAAGGCGCCAUCCAACUGCCUUAGGGACUCCACUAAGGAUCUGUAUAGGGUUUACUCCUUAGCCCUUUCUUUUCUAGAAGAUAUCCUUCAAGGAAGCUGAGUUUUAGGAUCAGAGUUUUCCUUCUGGACGGGCUACUUUCCCAGGUUGACAGGCCUCAUCUGCCCCUCACUUCCCACAACAGCAUGUGCAGAAACUGCCUUCUUGACCAUUGGAUCCACUAUUGGUCUCGUCCGCUCAAUCCGCCAGAGUCUGUUUUCACAUGCAGGGGAUCUCCAUAACUCACUUAGGGUUUGAGACCCAUCGGCUACCCUCACCUGGUUUAGCCAGCCAGUCUAAGUCAUUCCUGGGAUAGAUAGAUAAUUUAUUACAGUCGGAGACCAGCUUAUAAAACACACUUGGGGGUACAGUCACAGAAGAAAAACAAACAAUUAAAACAAUGUACAACAAUAAAUUUAAAAACAAUGUACAACAAUAAACUACCGCAGGGAGUUGAUCCAGAGUCACACAUGGAGCCGAGUUUGGGGAUUUUCAUAACGAACUAGUUUGAGUUGGGAGAUGGUCUGUACCUACAGAUCUGUACACAGAAUCUGGCGACCAUCCAGGUCGUCUUCUGAUCUUUGCCUAACAGGAAAAGGUUGAAUUUUUGCAUUUCCGGGAGGUCAGCGAGCCUCACCAGUAGGGGAUCAAUGGUCUUACUAUGUGCCUCUUCAUAAAAGGGACAUCUAAAGAACAAGUGUUCUGGGCUUCCUAUCUCUCCAAAAGAACAGGCACAAAGUCUCUGAGCAUAUGGGACUUUUUUAAAGGCUCCUUCCAGGACCGGCGAGGGCAGAGCCGAGCUGCUGGCGAGUGUAAAGGCCCUUCUUGCAUUUUUAGAUACGAGAAAGAAGAGAAAUGCUGCCGGUGCGGCUAUAUAUCUCUCAAUUUCUCCAAUUUUAUAGUUAGGGCACCUUGAGCAGUCCUGUUGUCUCUCGGUGUCUAUGAUUCUUUGCCUGACCGUAGCUUUUGCCUGGCUCAACCCCAUCAUUCCUGGGGUGUGGCCGCUGUUGCAUGCUGACAGCUUAUAGGAGCCACAGGUGAGAGCUGAGUGCAAGGUGGGGACCAAAGGUGGAAAACUAUCCCAGAAGGAGCACAGUGUGUCCCCACCAGAGGUACUACCCCUCCCUUAGCACCCCAUACACCCUAGGAGAGGGUUUAGGGCCACAGUAAAAGCCAUGUGAGUGAUCAGCAGUGGUGCCACAGCAGCCAAUUUAAUUCACAGCUGAAGUCCUGGAAGGGGGGGGGGGGCAGAAUGAGGCAAAUCCCUCUUCCACUUUUCAUUCUUGUGAGCGCCUUUCAUAACAAUAGAUUGUCAUUGUCUUUAAGAGGAAUGCUGGACAUGUCUGUCACAUAAAGUGUAAAUUGCUUCUAAGUUGUAAUAAUAGCAUUACUGAUCACAUCAAAGUGCUUCAUGAAAUCUUUGCAUAUCACCCUGUUUGACAGGAUGUGAUUGUGUUGUAAACACUUUUCUGUCAGGGUUUCUGUCAUCAGUCUUAAGAUGGACUUGGGAAUAGGCAAGGCUAUUCCCAAAAAUGUGAUACAGAGCAGUAGCAGUCUUCACAGGGAACCAGGGAAGGGAAUUCAAACAUGCAGGGAGCAUUCAUAAAAUGGCAAACUAAUUUGGCUGCGUAAAGUAGUUCAGAACCAUUCCAGAUGCAACACUGGCUGCCGCGUUACUUAAAAGCACUUCAGGAGGGAAACAGAAUUAAGUUCUAAUGCGUCCUGAAGACCAGUGUCAAAAAACAAUGCCCUCCCAAAGAAGUCAACCUUGUCUUUUGUUUGAGAUUAGAAUACAUAUUUCUAUCAAUGGUCUCACCUGAAUAUAAUACUAAUAAACCUGAAGCCAGCCAUUAUUUUUUGAAUAAUACAAUAUUAGUAACACAAUAAAUAAUAUAAAGAAUAAACUGGUCAUCAAGGGAUCAGGUAGUUUAUGUAUUUAAUAUUUUAUAAGCCACUUUUCUGCAUUAAAAAAAAAUCACAAUUUUUAACCAUUAUUUUGAGUGUAACAAAAUUAAGUGCACAGUCAAUAACAUUACUAGGUGAAAUGAAGCAUCAGCUAUAGAAAAAAAUGAAAUUUAGUCUGUCUGAAUAAAAAUAUCAUGUCUGAUUUAGCUCUGUUCAGACUCAAGAUGUAUUCCAAAACCACAGCACCACUACUGAGAAGGCCCUGUCCUUGUCAACAAUAUUUCAGAGGUCAGUGUGCCAGAGAGCACACUGACUCAAGAAGGUUCAUAUAGAGAAGGCAAUUAUAGAUGGAGGAAGCCCUGAAAAUAUCUUAGGCUGUUAUGCAAUUGCUCCUCUCUUUAAAUCUAGCCUGUGACUGCCUCUCAUCUGUCUGGUAGAUGUUCUAUGCCUAAGAAAAAACAGGAAGAGGGCUCAACUCUGCUCACAGGCAUAUUUUCGCUUUCUGGCUAUUGUGAAUUUUGGAGAAGGCAUUACAAACUAUGUGGGCAAGGCGACAGUUAUUUUUCUGUAUUUCAAUUUUCAUACGCACCCUUCAACAGGUUCCAAAGUCAUGUUUUAGGAAACUAAAAUGACAACAACAAAAAUUGUAUAAAAGAGUAUAAAAGAGCAUAUAAAAGCAGCAGAAAUAAAAACAAACUCCAAACAGCAUGAGAGUAACACAGUUUGGGAACAUAAAAAGGUCUUUUCCUGGUGUUGAAAUAACAUAAAAGGUAAAGGUAAAGGACCCCUGGAAGGUUAAGCCCAGACAAAGGCGACUAUGGGGUUGCGGCGCUCAUCUCGCUUUCAGGCUGAGGGAAUCAGUGUUUGUCCACAGACAGCAUUUUGGGUCAUGUGGCCAGCAUUACUAAACCGCUUCUGGCACAACGGAACACCGUGACAGAAACCACAGCGCAUGGAAACGCCGUUUACCUUCCCACCGCAGCGGUACCUAUUUAUCUACUUGCACUGGCGUGUUUUCGAACUGCUAGGUUGGUAGGAGCUGGGACAGAUCAACGGGAUCUCACUCUGUCAUGGGGAUUCAAACCGCUGACCUGCUGAUCGGCAAGCCCAAGAGGCUCAGUGGUUUAGACCACAGUACCACCCUCGUCCCCAUCAUGCAUCCACCAUCACGCAAGCUUCCCUGUGGGGAGAGCAUUCCACACAGCUUUCCAGGGUUGUAAAGACUGUGGAGAGAAUAAUUGGGUGCACUCUUCCCACCUUGCAUCAAACCUAUACUUACAGGUGCCAUAAGAAAGCUGCAGAGAUAGUGCAGGGUAGUGCACACCCCGGAAAUGAUCUCUUUCAGCUUCUGCCUUCUGGAAGAAGGUACAGGGUUAUAAAGACUAGGACUAGCCGCCUGAGAAACAGUUUCUAUUCAAAUGCAAUUUUGGUUUUAAACGCAGUGUAAGGUAGCCUUUAUGUGAGUAUAUUGUAUUCAGUUAUGGGGUAUCAGAGUUUUAGGGGCUUACCAGGCUGGGAUUGCUGGGAUAGCAGGCUUGUGGGUUUUUGAAUGUCUGAUGUAGAUAUUUUCAAUUUCGUUGUUCUGUAUGGGACAAUGACAAUAAAGAGUAUCGUAUCGUAACAUCGUGAUAUAUCACCAGCUAAACAUUAUGAAGGGACGCGGGUGGCGCUGUGGGUUAAACCACAGAGCCUAGGACUUGCCGAUCAGAAGGUCGGCGGUUUGAAUCCCCGUGACAGGGUGAGCUCCCGUUGCUCGGUCCCAGCUCCUGCCAACCUAGCAGUUCGAAAGCACGUCUAAGUGCAAGUAGAUAAAUAGGUACCACUCCAGCGGGAAGGUAAACGGCGUUUCCGUGUGCUGCUCUGGUUCUCCAGAAGCGGCUUAGUCAUGCUGGCCACAUGACCCAGAAGCUGUACGCCAGCUCCCUCGGCCAGUAAAGCGAGAUGAGCGCCACAACGCCAGAAUUGGUCACGACUGGACCUAAUGGUCAGGGGUCCCUUUACCUUUACCUAAACAUUGUGAUAGACCAAUAUAUCAUGAUGUCUGAAAUAAGCAUGUAGAGGCGACUGAGGUAGUGUCCUGCUACUACUUAGGGGUCCAAAACUGAUGCAUUUUUACUUACGUAUAAUGUAUUGUUCCACCUGCUAUUUUAUAGUACAGAGCAACAGGGCAGCAGGAAUCAUGAGAGAAGUGAUGGCUGGCAUCACGGUUUUUCCCAUAUCACAGUUUUUUACAUAGCACACACACAUAUUGAUAUUAUCGCCAUGUCAAAUAUUAUGAAACCAUUAUCACGAUGAUGAUGAUAAUAAUAAUAAUGAUAAAAAAAUAAAUUCUAUUUAUACCCCGCCCUCCCCAGCCGAGAGUCAAGGCUCAGGGCGGCUAACACCAAGUAUGAAACAAUUGAUUAAAAUACAACUUAAAAACAAGAUUAAAAUACAACAUUAAAAUGCAGCCUCAUUUCAGUAGAACUCAAAUCAAAAAACUUUUUGGGGAUGAAAACGUCAAAUCUUUUACCAAGGCCUACUGUCCAGACUGGUCCGACGUGGGCCAGAAAAAAACAGUCAGGGAAGUCCCCAAUUAGGAGUUCCAUCAUAGAAGGAAAAAGGAAAGGGGGAGGGAUGCAGACUUCAAACCGAUUUUGGACGAUGUAUUGAUACGUUGCCCAGACCUACCACCAUCCUGUUCUCAUGGUGGUCGUCCAGAAUCUUGUGGGAAACUAGCGAGCACUCUCAUCUCCCAUGGUUUGCAAGAGCACUCUCAUCUCCCAUGGUUUGCAGCCACUGGUAUUCAGAAGUAUUGCUUUAGAGACAGAGCACAGCCAUCAUGGCUAGUAGCCAUUGAUAGCCUUCUCCAUGAAUUUGUCUAAUUGUCUUUGAAAGCCAUCCAAGUUGGGGGCCAUCACUGCCCCCUCGGGGAGAAGUGAUGUGGGUGGCUCUGUGGUCUAAGCCACUGAGCCUCUUGGGCUUGCCGUUCCAUUGCACCAGAAGCGGUUUAGUCAUGCUGGCCACAUGACCCGGAAAGCUGUCUAUGGACAAAUGCCGGCUCCUUCAGCCUGAAAGCAAGAUGAGUGCCACAACCUCAAAGUCAAAUUGAACUGGACUUAACCGUCCAGGGGUCCUUUACCUUUUUACGUACCUUGGGGAGAGAACCCCAUAGUUUGACUACGCCCUGCUAGGAUGUGUUGAAUUUUUUUUACCUUUCAAAUUCCCAAAAUAAGGGAUGCUAAAAAGUUGCAACGUGACUUGGGAAUUCAAAAGAGAUUUGGGUUAAAUUAAUAUAAUUCAGUUUUGCUCGGUAAAUAACUACAUCAAAAACACCGACUUUUUUUAAUUUUUGAGGAAUUUCCAGUCAUUUUAAACUUGUCUUAUUAUUCUUUUAAAAUUGCAUAAAAAUAAUUAAAAACAUUUGCCUAGUAUUUGCAGUAACGUAUAUAUAAAUAUUUUAUUAUUUCUAUAUUAUAGUAUUUUAUAUUGUAUAUUACAAUUACACACACAUAAUUCACUAAUGUUGUGCUGUAGUUGUAUCUGCUUCUUUGGUAGGUUGAAUAAUCUUUUAUCAGUGUGUUAAAAAUUACUUGUCUGCCAGUGCUAAUACUACGGCCAUCCUAACGGGUGGGAAUUGACCUACAAUGGCUUCUUCAAGACUGGGGACAUUCAUUCACGCAUAUGAGCCACCUAAUUGGAACUGGCAGAGAGUUGUUGCCCUUUGAACUCCCAACUCUGCCAGAUGACCGGUUCUGUUGGAUCACAUCAGAUUGGCUUGCCAGAUCUGUCUGAGAAGCUAAAAAGCAGAAACAGCCAGAAGACUUGCUGAAUCUGCUGCUUUGCCAGCCAUUCAAGCGCUCAGCAUGGCAGCAUAAUGUGAGUUCAAGCCCCACAUUGGGCAAAAAGGCUCCUGCACAGCAGGGGGCUGGACUAGAUGACCCUUGUGGGCCCUUCCAACUCUACGAUUCUUCAGGUUGCAGCAAAAGACGCGUUUAUCUAGUCUACCUCUUUCCAGCCCAAAUCCAGCGCUCAACUGAAUGCAAUAACAAACUCCCGCCUGAAACCCGGAAGACUCACUGCUGACCAGAUGGAGCAGUGUUCUUCCUUUUGUUGUUAUUUAGUCAUUUAGUCGUGUCCGACUCUUCGUGACCCCCUGGACCAGAGCACGCCAGGCCCUCCUGUCUUCCACUGCCUCCCGCAGUUUAGUCAAACUCAUGCUGGUAGCUUCGAGAACACUGUCCAACCAUCUUGUCCUCUGUCAUCCCCUUCUCCUUGUGCCUUCCAUCUUUCCCAACAUCAGGGUCUUUUCCAGGGAGUCUUCUCUUCUCAGGAGGUGGCCAAAGUCUUGGAGCCUCAGCUUCAGGAUCUGUCCUUCCAGUGAGCACUCAGGGCUUCAGAAUGGAGAGGUUUGAUCUUCUUGAAGUCCAUGGGACUCUCCAGAGUCUCCUCCAGCACCAGAAUUCAAAAGCAUCCAUUCUUCGGCGACCAGCCUUCUUGAUGGUCCAGCUCUCACCUCCAUACAUCACUCCAUCCUUUCGCCCCUGGUCAAAUCCUGGCUCUCUCCAGUGACCUCGACACGCAACUCUCCCGCUUCCGCCCUGGGGGCCAAAACAAAACCCCCAAAGCAUCAGAGAAACGGAAGCUGAGAUUUCAUGCUCCCGUCUAAUAAUUAAGGCAGGUCUGGGAGAGCACCGUCGAAGUAUGCAGAUGAAGUAGGGCGCUGAUUGGCUGCAGGGCGGGGGAGUGUCUCUUUCGGCGGCCAAGAGAAGCUCCGGCGUGAGCGUCUAUUGGCUCGCCGAGCUGGGCCGGCAACAAUGGAGGGCGUGGCCAGGGCCCGAGGGCCCGCCCCCUCCGGCCGCCUAUAAAGCGCGCGGGGCAGCAGCGCGGCUCCUGCUGCAGCAGUAGUUCUCCGAGCGCCGGCGGGAGAGGCUCAUUGACGCGGACGCUCCCCCGGCUGGGCCGUCGAUCCUCGCUCCGCACGCUCCGUCCAGCGCUCCGGAGGAAAGGGGUCUCCCCGAGCCGAAGCCGGCCAUGUGAGUAGCCGGGCUGGGUGGUGGGUGAGGGAGCCCGCCCUGCCCUGCUGCGGUCCGUCCUGCGCUGCGCUGCCGCCUUCCCCUGCGCGGCUGCGGCACCUGCCGAGUUGCGCAUUGCAGCACCCGCUCCCGCCCCCGCCCCCGAUCUCCUUCCCGCCGUCCGUUCCCGGCUGCCCGGGGCUGAAGUCAGAUGGGGCGCCGGUGGCGCAGCAUCCCGCCCCAGGUGGCCGCGGCUCUCCGGCCAGCUGCGCUUUUCUCCUUUAUUUUUUGCCUGCAGCAGUUGCCCUGCUCUCUCCCCUCUGUCUCCCGUGUCCCGCAGCAUCGCUUCCCAUUCGAAACAUUGGCUGCUCGUAGCGAAGCUAAGGGCGGCUCCGUUGUGUGUGUGGGCUAGGAAAAAGGGAAUAGAUGCGCGGGGAUGGCUAUGGGGGGCUUUUUCGCACGUGACGGCGCCUGCACGUGUGAAUGUAAAUAUGCGGGAACGGUCGAAAGGACGGUGGUCAAGCCAAUGCGGGUUUUGCGGUUGGGGUAAAGCAGAAAGUCGCCAAAACCUUUGGGUUUGGUGUCAUGUGUGACCGAGGCGGCUCUGCCUGGCAUGUGCCACUAGGGGCGGGGGAAGGGAGUGCGGAAACCGCCUUUGCAUGAGCUUGUGUGUGAAGGAAUCCGUCAGAGCUCAGCAAAAUUAUAUUAAGCUGACCCUAGAGAUCUGGGUAGCAGAUAUUGAGGGAUGGGAGAGAAGAGAGACCUGUGGUUUUGAGAUAGAAGGGUGACUUAGAGUAGAAACACACAGUUUUGUCUCUGCUUUCCUUUGGACUUCUGCAACUAUGAAGUCUUUGCCGUCUCCAGUGAAAGCAUGCUUCCAUCCAUGUCCUUUUAUCUGUGGGCCAACCAAUGGCUGCCCAGUGGUGCUGCCUCAAACACUUUGUGGCAGAUUGUGCUAGACUAGUCAUUGGUCCAGUAUAUCCUGGUGCCUUCGUUCCAUGCCCACAGUUGCCAUGCAAAAAACCCAGCCUUUCUCUCAGAACUGGGGCUUAGCUGCUAGUUCCCCUGACCUCUCCUCUCUCGCUGCAGGAAGGAAUUAUUAUGGCAGCAAAAACCCAAGGAUAUUGGUAGCAAAAUUCUCCCGUGGCAAAAAACAACGGUCCAGCCUUGUGACACAGCAGUUAUUUUGUGUUUGCCCACACCUUAACAGACCUGGGAGCUUGCUGGGUUUUCCUGGAUGCUGAAGAAGCUGUUUGACCUUGUUUGCUGCGACGUUUGCUCUGGCGGUGUAAUCGCAGCCACAGUAUUACAGAGCACUUCACACAUCCACAUCCUAGGAAGCCUUACAGCAGCCUUGUAAGGGAGGCCAGUCCUCCCAUAUUGCAGGUUGAGGAUGCUUAGGCGGACAGUGGCUUGCCUACAACUGCCUAGGCUGUUGCUGAGGUUUCGUCCUGGGCUCAUAGCUCAUACUUGCCCAUGAUACUAGCUGUGUCGCCCUGAUUUUAUCCCUCAUGGACAGGUGUCCCUGGCAGGUCACAAACCAGUUGAGGAGCAGUAAGAUCUCACAGCAUUGUUGCUUAUUAUCAGCUGUUUGUAUUCUUGAUUUCUAUCUCACUUGGCGUGUUUAGCUUCAGUUGCAAUCUCUGUAGCAUUUCCUAGCUUAAGAGCAUUAGACGAGCCACACUAGAUCAGGCCAGCGGUAACCCAGCCACAUGCAUCUGGGAAGUUGUAAGAAGGGUAUAGAGGCAAAGGUUCCUGCCUCUGUUUGUCCCCUAGCAAGCUGGUCUUGAGAGAGAUGUUUCCUAUGAGCAUAGAGGUCUACUUUGGCUGUCAUGGCAUGUGGAUGUGGAGAUCUGUCUUCUAAGCCAGAAAUGGGGAACCUGUGGUCUUCCAGAUGUAGAUUAGCGAAUCGUGUAGAUCCAUCUCAGUCAGCAUAGCCAGUAGUUAGGCAUCAUGGGAGUUGUAGUCUUACAACUGUUGGAGGACCACAGGUUCCCCAUCUGUGCUCCACGCCAUCUAAACUAGUGGUCUUCACUGCGUCUUGUACCACCCUUUGCUUGAAGUUCUUCUCGGGUGACCUUGAGUUCCAUGGCUGGACGAAGAGAAAAGCUUCUCUCUUCUGUGCGCAAUCAUCUCAUGUUUUGAGUCUUUCUUUUGGCUUAAGGAAAAGCAGUUGGGUGCUCUUCACUUUCCUUCAUGGGGAAAGUAGCCCAGCUCUUUGAUCAUUUUUGGUUACCCUCUUCUGUGUCUUUUCUAGCUUUAGAAUGCCCUUGGCUGCCUUCUGUUCUGCUAGGAAUACAACAUUUGGGGCUGUCGUUUCUAGUUGCAGUUUAGUUGCUUAUCUCUGUGGCUGAGGGCCCCUAUGUGGGUAUCUGGAUGUCCUCAGCCACGCCCUUGGCGCCCACCAAGGCACAUUGCCUCUCCAAGUUUCCAAAUUUUUAAUGUUUUUUUUUCCUGGGUGGGGGUAUUGUUUGGGGGACUUUCCUGCUUUUGUGGGGUGUUUCCUGCUUUCUUCUGUCUGCGUCUUAUCUGUUGGGAGGGGUGUGUUAAUCUUUUGCUUGAUUGGGGGCGAUGGGAAUGUUCUGAGCACCAGCAGUUUUUCUUUUGUGGUGCCCACAGCAGUCAUUUAGCCUCUCCAGAAGUGCCCGUAUUCCCCCAAAGGUUGGGGACAUCUCUUCGGGGCGAGCACCAGACACGUGUGACCACUUCUCUCCCCCCCCCAAAUAAUAUUUAUUAUUUUCAGUAGAUAAACAUAGUAUAGAAAAAAAGAUUAACAUAAAGACAAGCAAUAAAUAAAAGAAAAAGAGAAAAGAGAAAAAAGAUACAUACAGCAUAUUACCACUUAAUUAAUUAAAAUUAAGUACCAUCCAUCUUCAUAAACAUAGUAUUUGACUUCCUCGAAUCUCUUCCAUCCGAAUUUCUUAGUAAUUAUAUGUAGCAGUUUCCAAUAUCAGUGUUUCAAAAGACCAUAUCACAGUCUUAAUCAUAUUACAUAGCUUUCCUUAUUGUACAUUUCCUUAUUUAUAAAUUUAAUUCCAUUUUAAUCCUAGGCAUAAUUGUUACUUUCAAGUGGUUACAUAUCUUUAAUAUUAGUGUGACUACUUCUUGCACCUAAUAUGCCUCCACAGGUCUGAUCCAGCUCAGCAACCAGGGACGGGGCAAGAAGGGGAAGAAAAUGCUGGAGGCCCCCCUGGAGCACCCCCAAAUUUGACCAGCAAUCGCCGCCUGCAACAGACCCAAGCGCAGGUGGAAGAAGUAAGUUGCUUAACCUCCUGAGCUGUUCUCGUUGGGUCUUCAUGCUUUCUUCGUUUCCAGGUGAAUUCAGCUGUCCCUUUUCUUCUCUCUCCCCCCCCUCCCCCGCCUCCAUCCCUCUCAUUCAGGUGGUGGAUAUUAUGCGUGUGAAUGUGGACAAAGUCUUGGAGCGAGACCAGAAGCUAUCGGAAUUAGAUGAAAGAGCAGAUGCGCUCCAAGCUGGUGCUCAAGUAUUCGAAAGCAGUGCAGCAGCGCUCAAGAGAAAGUAUUGGUGGAAGAACUGUAAGGUGAGCUUUGGAGGGAGUGGGAGCACACAGCAAUUUUACACUGGUAGAUUGAGACAACAGUCACAGUCCUAUUGUGCUGCUGUUCCCUGAACUGGAGGGGGAGGGCCCAUCUACUGGAAGUAGAAUGAAUGCUCUGAGAUUCCAGGUUCAAUGCCUAGAAUUUCCAGGGAAAAUAUAUGUAUGGGUAGCAGGGCCGGGGAAUAAAAAAAUCUGUGCCUGACACUAGAGAGUUGCUGGUAGUUGUAAUAAAAGGUAAAGGGACCCCUGACCAUUAGGUCCAGUCGUGACUGACUGUGGGGUUAUGGCGCUCAUCUCGCUUUACUGGCCGAGGGAGCAGGCGUACAGCUUCCAGGUCAUGUGGCCAGCAUGACUAAGCCGCUUCUGGCGAACCAGAGCAGCGCACGGAAAUGCCGUUUACCUUCCCACCUGAGUGGUACCUAUAUAUCUACUUGCACUUUGACGUGCUUUCGAACUGCUAGGUUGGCAGGAGCAGGGACCGAGCAACGGGAGCUUACCCCGUCGCAGGGAUUCGAACCGCCGACCUUCUGAUUGGCAAGUCCUAGGUUCUGUGGUUUAACCCACAGCGCCACUCGCGUCCCUGUCAGCUAUAAUAGACCAGCCUUAAUCAACCUGAUGUUCUCCCUGAUGUUCUGGGCUCCUAGCUCUCUUCAGCCCCAGCUAGCAGAUCCAGUGCUUGGGAUGAUGGGUACUUACAGUGCUGGGGAGGGGGGCACCAGGUUGGUGGUAAGAGGCACUGGACUUUGCGGACGUGCGGUCUCACUUGGUACGAGGCAUUUUUUAAAAUGCCCACCUUAGUGAGGGUGCUGUGUUGGUGAAGAAUGUGUGAGCUCAUGGUGACUCUUCUCCCCAGAUGAUGAUCAUGCUGGGAGUGAUCUGUGCCAUUGUGGUCAUCGCAAUUGCACGUAAGUACCAAGGGGGAGCCAGGGGGGACUGGGCUUGUGACCCCUCCCUGAGCACCGGAUAA